AUGGAAAGUCGUAUAGCAUUGUCAACGGUUGGUGAAGAUGAAGAGAAAUCGGGCGUUGAUUUUCAUCCGUCACCGAGUGUAGGUGAUGAUAGUUUUCUAAAUGAAUUAGAAGAAUUGGCUCCCAGUACAAAAGCGGAUGCCAAUAAAUUUCAAAUGCUUUGUGAUGGUUUACAAACAUGUUUUUCUGAAAUUGAUAAUUCAAUGAUGGAAUUGUUAGAAUUAAAAGAUAAUUUAUUAUUACAAUUUUUACCACCCAAUGUUUCAGCACGUAUUACAUUAGUGAUAUCACGAUUAUAUCGAGCUUAUUCAUUAGCACAAAUUCCGGUUCAUGAAGUCAUUCGUCUUGUUCAGUUGUACAGUCAACCAUGGGAUCAAAAAAGUGCUGCCUUAAAAAAAUUAUAUGAAACUAAUGAAACAAAAAAGCGUAUAUUAAACAUUGCUAUUCAACGAUUAACAUCGGUUGAAAAUCAAAUAAUACAUAAUGAACAAAAGCGAUGUAUUGAUAAUUGGGAAAAGAUGUACAUUAAAUUAGCUUUGCCAAGAUGUAAUGUACGAAAUUGGAAGUUUCGAUUGAAAACAUUUCGUGAGACAUCUCAGCUGGGUUAUGAACAUGUGAUCAGUUGGUUAAAUUCAGAAGUGCGACCACAGUCAACAGAUUAUCCGAAUGAAGAUGUACUUGAACGAGAUGAAGAAUUUGGAGGAGAAACUACCACUGUACCAAUACCGCAAGACGGUGAGGAGUUUGGUGAUGAUCCUGAAAGUGAAGCUGGUGGAAGUUUUCUUAGUAGUGGAAAACAACGUGCUCGUGUACAUAGCACAGUAGAUUCAACAACAAAUCGACGAGAAAAUGCAGCACCCAUCAUUACAAAAGCUGAAGUCGAAAUUCAAGUUUCACCGGAACAUGAUGACCAACAAACAUGGACCGGCGAUUUACUCUCAUCAAAAUAUUUAUUAUUUCGAAUCUAUCGUCCAACUGGAAUAUUAAAAACAAAAUUUCAAUGUAUCGCACAUGCUCAUUCAAAUGAUUAUAAAACAAUCCCAUUUUUACUAGAGAAUAAAUCAUUGACCACAACGGGAAAAGAAGAUGAAUCAAAUACAAAACGUACAAGAUUUGCCGGAGGUGGACGCAUUAAACCAACAGAUGCGAAAAUUAAAAAACGUACAGAUUCUACAAGUCCGGAGGAUGAACUAAAUAUUAUUGAUAAGAGUCAAUGUGAUGAAUUAUUAAUACCAAUGCCAUCUGUUUUCAAACGACGAUCCGUAUUUCAAACAGAUAAUGAUAAUGAUGCAGUUAGAGUUGAUGUUAUGGGUGAUGAUAAGUUAAUUGGUUCAAUGACAUUAACUACAGAAGAUUUACUCAUGCUUGAUCUUCCUAAUCUUCGACAAACACUUGAAAUACCAUUAACAAUCAUUGAUGAUAGUUCUCAGCAACAAAAGCGUUCAUCAGUAGCUCAAACUACAACGAAUUUAUCGACAAAAAAUCUUUAUCUUGAUUCUACAUCCACUGAUCUCUAUCAAUCUAUCGUAUCACGUACACCACAAACAUAUCCAAUUUACAAUGAUAAACGUGAAACAAUUGGUAAAUUACCAUUAUUGUUAUUUUGGUAUAAUAAAAUUGAAAUUAAUCAAGCAGCAAAAUCAACGAUGACCGCUCCACUUGAAAUUCGUGCACCAACGCCCAAAACUAUUUAUCUUACUGAACUAAAACCGGAUACUCGUGAGCAAUCGUUAUCUCCUGUUGUCACUACUCCAAAUCCAUCGUUGUUAUCCAUGCCACCAGUAAAAAUGAUAUCUCAUGCAACUGAACCGAGCGAAAGUCGUCUAGAACAACCGGCAUUAACGGACGAUGAUAUGGAAAUUGUAAAAUCGCAUUAUGAGCAAGAAAUAUCGAAGUUACAUGAAAACUAUCAAUCAGAAAUUCGUCGUUUAUCAAAAUUAUUGAAUGAUAUGCAAUUACGAACGAAAGAUCAAAUGGCUAAUUUAUCUGAAUCGGACGAAAAUGUAAGAGAACUAUUAUCGAUGAACAAUGAUCAAAAGUUGGAAGUGCAAGAAAAACGAAAAUGGAAACAGAAACGACCAGAUGCAAAUACAGCUCCUGCAAUAGUCUAUGGAAAAGAUCUUCCCAAAGAUUUUCUCGAACGUUAUCAAAUGUUUUUGGAGCGUAGUCUAACACGUCGACAUCAAUUAAUGGCUAAAAUUGAACAAGAAAAUGCAAGAACAACGGAAAGACAGUUAGAAAUUCAACAUCGCCUGUCGCGUCCAGAACAAGAAGAAGAGCGCUAUGAUGAUCUGUGUUUGCCAGCUGUAUUUAUGCCAUUUCGAUCGGGCAAUGUUUAUAAUCCAAGAGCAUAUCGAUUUUUUCAUCAUAUAGGAUCAACUGAUCCACGUUUAACUCAAACGCCAUCAAUCUUUAAACUUCCACCGCUGCCUGCUGGUUCUGUAUGUACAUUUUUCAUAUCACCCACAAAAAAUUAA